AUGGAGGGUGAGGAGGAGGACAUGGGCUCCCCAUCUGCCAAGACCCAGACCGAGGCCCCGGCGGCAAAUACCACCUGCUGGGACAAUCUCGACCCCCGGUUGCUGCCUGUGGUCCUCACUGAGUCCCUGCUCUGCAGCGCAAUCUGCUGGUUCUUCCUGCAAUGCCCGUUGUUGAGUGAGAAUGGCGUGGGCCCUCUCCACGUUCUGCGUGCUGGAGCGGCCAAGCCAUUUGUGCUGGCGUUCUGUCUCAUGAUAGUUCCGGAAGGGCAUCCGGACCGAGCCAUCGAGCGGUCCUGCAAAUCGUCACAGUUCCUGGCUCUCUACAUAGGACCCUUGCGGGGCAACCAUCAGAGAACUGCUACGUGUUCUGGUGUGUCCCAAGAUGGGACAAGCAUCAGAUGGGAGAGUUUGAAGGUGAGGUAUGUGCAAAGGCUCAGCAGAAUUCGUGAACGGCGCCCGCCGCGAAACAUGCGUGGCGAGGCGAGGAGUGACGGAGUGCGCAGACAUGCGCAGCUUAAUGUUCUGCUAUGA